AUGUCACAAUCGAACGUCCAGCGACGAGGCCGUCCAGACCUUUACUCUCGACAAAGCAGUACACUACAUUACCAAACUUUUCCUCAUGCACCACCACGCUACCCCGGCCAGCCAACAAACGACAAGAAAGACGUGAGCAGAUCCCCCGACGCAGAAAGACAGCCGAGAUCAGAACAGAAUGGAAGACCCUCAUCGCCGGGCGCACCCCACCACCAGGAAGAAACGCCGCUUCCGAAAGGCCAACUAGCCAUCCUCGCCAUUAUAGCCCUCGCGGAACAAACAGCCCUCAACAGCAUCUCCCCUUACAUACCCGAAAUGGCCGCUACCUUCCCCGAAGUAGGACCCGGGCAGGUCGGUCUCUACGUCGGACUCAUCGCCUCCGCCUUCGCCUUGGCACAAUUCACCACCAAUUUCCUCUGGGGCUGGUUAAGCGAUCGGGUGGGAAGGAAACCCAUCGUGUUGACUGGGACGUUCUUGACGGCGUGUUGUUUUGUGGGCUUUGGAUUCAGUCGGAGAUUAUGGCACGCGGUAUUGGCGCAGGCGUUGAUGGGUCUGGUCAACGGGAAUCAGGGUGUCAUUUCGACUUGUUUGGGAGAGAUCACGGAUCGAUCGAAUCAGAGUAGGGCGUUCACGUACUUGCCUGUUAUCUAUGGACUAGGUGGGAUCACGGGGCCGAUCGUGGGCGGUUUACUGGUGUUCAGGAACAAUCCUCUGAAGCCGGAUGAAGCCAACCCGUACCCCUACCUUUUGCCGAAUCUCUUCUCUGCUGCGAUUCUGAUUUUGGAUAUGGUGUUAACGAUGUUCUUUUUGAGAGAAUCGCUGGAGUGUGCCCAGGAUUUACCGCCGUUGGGCAAGAGAGUCGGGAGUAUGUUCUCUUGGAUCUGGCAGUUCAGUUCUUCACACAAGCCUACCUAUCUACGCCGAUCUGCGAAGACCAAGAAGACUGCGAGGAAUGGUGGUACUGAGCACUCAGCACUGUUACACAAUGGCAAUGACCACGAAGACGAAGAGGACCUAGACGGCGAAACAGCAACGUCCUUCCUCCCAACCCACGACCAAGAAGAUCAAAACCUCCGCAUCCGCGACGUCCUGAACCGCGACACGAUCCUAUUACUCGCCACUUUCUUCCUCUUCCAGCUCUCCAACAUAAGUUUCAACAGCUUAUAUCCAGUCUUCGCCCAAGCCGCGCCACCAACCGGCAGACAUUUGACUCCGAAGGAAAUCGGUAUCUCCCUCGCCUUCGCAGGCGCUAUCACAAUCAUCUUCCAGGUCGGUGUCUUCGGGACUUUGAGGGAGAAGAUAGGGAAUCGGAUCACUUAUCGUGUGAGUUUGGCUGGGUUUGUGGUGGCGUUCUUGUUGAUGCCGUUUGUAGGUUACAAGUCUGGACAAGGCAAGGGUGAGGGUGAGCCGACUUUUGCUGGGCGCACAUGGCUCUGGGUCGAAUUAGGCGCUGUUUUGAUUAUCAAGACUGUUGCUGCAGUGGGUGGUUUGACUUCUGCUUUACUGCUCAUCACCAAUUCCGCUCCCUCGCACGCGGUGCUCGGGACGCUGAAUGGGCUUGCGCAGACGCUUUCGGCUGCUGGCCGGGCGGUGGGACCAUUUGUCUCAGGGGCUUUGUUUACGGUGGCGACAAAGGUACAACCUAAGGGAGAGGCACUGGCUUUUGGCGUCUUUGGCGGAAUCGCUUUCUUGGGCUGUCUGUUGGCUUUUGGCAUUCGUGGGCAAGAACUCGAGGCCGAGGGCUGGGAUGGUGACGACGGAGAUGAUGAAGAUGAGGAGGAGGAACAAGAUCAGCGGCCUGGGUAUGAUGGAAGAUGA